AGGACAGUCGACGGGAAGAAAGGCGGCUAAAGAGACAGGCGGCAAAGAAGAAUGCAAUGGUGCGCUCAUGGCUGUGUGUUUCCAUUGUCGACAACCUGGCCAUGGAAUUGCUGACUGCCCAGCUGUACUAGAGAGCCAGGACAUGGGCACUGGCAUUUGUUACCGCUGCGGGUCCACGGAGCAUGAGAUGACGAAAUGCAGAGCUAAAGUAGACCCCGCGCUUGGUGAAUUUCCUUUUGCAAAAUGUUUUGUUUGUGGAGAAAUGGGACACCUGUCCAGAUCCUGCCCUGAUAAUACCAAAGGAGUCUAUGCUGAUGGUGGUGGCUGUAAACUCUGUGGCUCCGUGGAACAUUUUAAGAAAGAUUGCCCUGAAAAUCAGAACUCAGAUCGGAUCAUCACGGUUGGUCGCUGGGCAAAGGGAAUGAGUGCGGACCAUGAAGACGUGCUGGAU